CUCAAAGUCAUACUUCCAACAGUAGUGGCCCUUCAAUCUUGUGGAGUAAACUACCUUAAACGAUGCCCUGUCUGCUGGAGAUAUCGAGAAAGUAUUGAACAUUUAUUCUUCAGAUGCCCCCUAGCCAUCAGAUUGUGGACUUUAUUGGGAUUGAGCAACUUUAUUGAGACCGCCCAGACUGUUAACUUUAGUCUAUGGUGGCAACAUGUCAUGGUCUCCGAGACCUCCCCAUUCCACAUUCUCCAAUGCGUUUGUUUACUUUGGAGAAUCUGGAAGUCUAGAAAUGAAGUGACCUUUGAAUUUAUCCAACCUCAUGUCCGUUCCCUAGCCAGACAGUUCUACAACCAGGUCCUCGAAUUCUCCAGUCUUCUUCCCCCCCCCCCCCUUCCUACCCGCAGCUCUCUUCUCCCAAUCAUUCAUGCCACCACUUGGGUCCCUCCUCCAGAAGGUUUUUUGAAGAUCAAUGUCGACGCAUCUGUCAGUGCCUCCGGGUGUUCGUCUGGGCUUGUUAUCCGUGGGUCAGACGGGCAUGUGUUGUUGGCGUUCGGGUUGCAGCAUCAAGGAAUAGUCAACCCUUAUCUGGCUGAGCUGCUAGCUUUCAGGGAUGCUAUCUCCUUUGUGGCCUCAAAAUCCUUGACCCAUGUGAUAGUCGAAGGUGAUUCCGAAGUGGUCGUCAACCAAGUCAGUCAAGGCGUCUCAAAAGACUCGAUUGGUGGUCCGGUGUUAUGAGACUGUCUUCAGAUCCUUAGCUCUUUGUCCGUUUGUAUAGAGUUUAGGGCGGUACCUAGAUCCGCCAAUAGUGAUGCCCAUAGAGUGGCACGUAAAGCACUGCUUUUGUCUCUUGUAGAGCUAGAAUCUUUUGAUUUCUUGGGGGUGGCUUCUUUAGAGUCUUUUAGGGGUCAUGGGUAGAAUUGUAAGCUUAACUAUUAUUUCUCAUUGAUAUCACUCAGAAAUAAAAAAAAAAUGCUUAUCUGGGAAAGACUCAAGGUUAGUAUUUUCCUAUCCUAAAGAACCCAUGCUUUGAAUCUUAAGUGAUGAUUUGAUCAGAUACAUUUUACGAAAAAAUUUGCUUGGAAUAGAAUUGAUUGUAUCUUUGACUUCUAGUCAAAUGAUCAUUAAAUGCGACUUACACUUUUUUAACAAAGUUUAAACAAGAGAAUUAAAUAUUUUUUUGACAAUUCACGAUAUAAAUCUACGUUAAAUUAUCUCUAUUCUUACAGAGAUCUAGAGAGAGAUUCAGAAAUACAACUAUUACUAAAUUUGAAGAGAAAAAGGUACAGAUAAAGAAGACAUUAGGUUGUCUAGUAUAUGAAUUUCGUGAAGUCUCAUUUUCACCUCCUAUUUAUGGUAACAAUAAGUAAUUGUCUUCAAAAAUCGCUUUGUUUAUGUGGAGUGACGGUUACUUGACACGAUAAAACACAACACCAAACUGCGACCAAGUGUAAUCGCAGUCCGGAAAUGCAGUAAAGUGACAAGCUCUAUUUGUCAACCCGGGGUCUAGAUCUAAUGCCUACUCCGCGAUUAUCUAUUAUCUAGCAAACUAAGUCGAGUGAUUGUGAUUUUAAGCAAAAGUAGUAAGAAAGCAGGAAAUGGUUCAAAGUUCUUUAGCAAGGGAAGAGUCACUCGGGAAUGAGUCCCCCUAGCUCCUUAGUUAGGUCAAGGUUGUAAUUACCCUGGGUUGAUUAACUGUUGAUUAAACUGCGGAAGAUCCGACAGUAGCUUGGAAUCUCUUAAGCUGACCAAGCCCUCUCAGGCAGACUAAACGGCAGGAGACUAAUCUUCAUCGGGAUUGACUACUGAGGCAAUAAGCACAAAAAUCCACUACUGGAAUUGGUUUCCAGUACAAAGCAGUAAAUCGAUUAACUCUCGUAUAACCAAUCUACCACUACCGAUUGAUGAAGUUAUAACAACCUAAUCAGAUUCUAUCUAUCUCAGGUUGCAGCAGAAAUCAAGAAAAGAUGAUCAGACUUCAAUUGACUCAAUGAAUUAUGCAUCAAUAGAUUAAAAUCAAUCAGUAUAUAAAUCCCAAGUCAUUACAAUCAAGAUUCCUAACACAUGGAACUAGGGUUCUUCAUACCCAAGUGAGAGAAGGUUCUACUCCAUAGAGAGAGGAAAACAGUAAUCAGAGUAGUCAUACUCAUAAUGAUGAGGAUAAUCUGCUUUGGGAUGUCGAUCUUCACUCAUGGGGAUGCAAUCUGGGCUUCAAUGGUGAAAAAUCCACUCCAAAUAGCUCCUAGGGUUUGUUCUUCGCACUUUCUCUCUCUAAACCUCUGUUUUUUGCUCAAAAACUCGAUCCCCCUCCAAAAGAUCCGAAAAUGGGUUAGAACCCAUAAUUUCCCGACCACACGGCCGUGUAGAAAUCCCAGCUGCUCGUGUAGAGGUGUAAAACGACGUGUUUCACUUAAGUGGUUUCAUGCACGUCACACGGCCAGAACUUAACGGCCGUGUGAAAUCUCGGCCUGCCCGUGUGACAUCUCUGUGAUUUCCACACAGCCUCAAGGGACCCGAUACACGACCAAUGUGUUUUGCCCGCGCAAAUGAAUUCCACACGGUCGUGUGGUUUUCUCGACUUCUCGCCAAACGUCCAAUCUUCGUCUAAUCGACCCCGAACUCGUUCCCAAAUCUCCAUUCACGUACUCGGACCUGAAAUAUCACCAACAAGAACAACCUUGAAUGAAAUCGGCCUAAGAUA